UGAGCUCCUCCCAACCCUCACAUCUCAUCUAGCACCAGCCAUCCACAAGCUUAACUCCACCAAACAGAAACACACACAGUCAGUCUAGCUAGCUAGCUAGAUAUAUAUCGAUCAUGGUGAAGCUAAUGGGGAUCUCCAAGAAGUGGCAAGGCGGCGGGAGCAGCAGCAGGGUCACCUCCCCUACCGCCGCGGCAGCAUCGGCAGCCGUGCCGGCGUGCCCGCGGGGCCACUUCGCGGCCUACACCCGAGACGGCAGCCGGUUCUUCGUCCCCAUCGCCUGCCUCGCCAGCGACACCUUCCGGCAGCUCCUCAACAUGGCCGAGGAGGAGUUCGGCAAGCCCGGGGACCGCCCCAUCGUGCUGCCCUGCUCCGCCGCCUGCCUCGAGCAGAUCCUCGCCGCCUCCAAGAAGUGCACUGCCAGCGGCAGGGCCAAGAUUUGGUAGUAAAAUGUCUGCAUCAGCCAUUACAACUAGCUAAAGUAGCUUCGAGUGAUUCUACCGUAACUGAUUGUUAAUCUAGUGAGAUCGAUCGAUCCCUUGAUUCUUGCGAGAGUAAUCGCGGUAUGAUGUUAAUUUUUGCUGCCCUCCUGGCAAUGGUUUCUACUGCAUGCCAAUGUGCAUGUUUUCAGGAGGGUUGCUGUGGUUGCCAGUUGACAUGAUGUAAGCAUCUAGCUAGCUAGCAUUUUCCUCUUAUUUUUUUGUCUUCUCUUGUUGUCGACGAUUUUAUUUUCAAUUUGUUAAGUUGUGUAAUGAUUCGUGAGUUGUACUAUAAGCUAUUGUAUCAUGGUCAUUAGUUAGUAUGUGUAAUUUAAGACAUGAGAUGGAUGCAAAUUAAUUAAUGAAGCAUGUGGAUAUGUACUUUGUUUCGUUUA